AUGGCUCUGCCAUGUGGACUAGUCAAACAAUCCCCGGUUGGAUUGUUUUCCCCGAUAUGCUCUGUAUCGCCCGCUGAGGGCGGGGUCCGUCCCGGUUUCCAAGAAGAUUCGGGGCGGGUCCUAUCAUCGGCAGCUCAGCAAGAGAGUAGUUUGGGCUUGCUUCGGCAAGGGGGUGAAGAACGCAGCCGAGCUGUGGUGGUUUUGGCAAGUGAAACACAUCGGCAAAGUUUUGGGUCUCUCCACCUGCAGCAGACCCUCCUUUUCUUCUGCUGGACCCUUGCCGUUCGUCAAGGGUGGUACGACAUGGAUUUUGCUGAAUGUUGUUGUCUAUAUUCCCAGCAAAGCUUUGGGAGUUGGAGGCCUAGCGAAGUGACGGAACUAAGACAAGACCCGGUGAUUGGGAAAGUUCUCGGUGUUGGCAGAAUCGGCAAGGUUGAAGGUAGGGAGGGUGGUGCCUUUAGAGCGCUGGGUCCAGGUUUAGGUAAGGGUCUCCAGAGCCCCGUGGACUUUGUUUUCCUGUUGUUGGAGCCGUUAUUUUUUUUGUCUGCCCCAAAUUUUUUCCUACGGCACUUGCCGUUCGGCGAGAGUAUCACUCGGAUCUUGCGAGUUUUGACUUGGGCUUCACUCGAAUCAAAUUGGACACUCCUUGCCUUUGAUAUGGCCAACCCUGGCUCACGGAAUAGACAGGUGUUGUUGAAUCGGUUCAGUUUUUUUGAUUGA